AUGCAGCAUCUUCCUCUUCCUUACUCCGCCUUCCGUCCUCGAUCCAAUCCCGACAAGGACCUUCAGUUCGUUCUUGUUGUCCUUUCGAGUUGUUCAAGGACAGUUCGUAAGGUCUACAAGAAAGAACACUUGACAUUCAGCAAGCUGGAUUUUGAAGCAAGAGUGAGUGCAUACCAUCAGCAUCGAACUGCUAGUUCAGCGAUUGACAGAAUACUCGCAGUCUUCCCGUCCACGUACAAGAGCGAUACCGUCACCAAAUCUACCGAAAUCAAAGUCGAAGAGCAGGUCAACCUCCCCAGCUCGCACGGCGGACGGGAAGGUCACGAAACUCGCUACACCUCAUCUCAGGCCCCUCCGUCCCGCCGCUUUGAAGAGGAUAUCAGAGUAACAGAAAAGGACCGCUACCGUAAUCCGGGACGCAGAGAAGAGAACGUUCACAUCCACGGAGAAGAGCUGUUUUGUUCCCCUCCCUUCAUCAGCCCUCUCCACACACGCAAGAUCAGCAUCAGUCCACCGCUUUUCCAGUUNCUCAGCACCUCGCUUCGGCACGAGCGGGCGGAUCGGGCGGUUCAGGCACUAAAGUACUAUCGUGAACCUUACCAACGUUACGUCGACGCACAGAUCGACGUCCAGGACAAGGCCUACGACCGCCAGUACCAGACCACCCACGCUCCUGCUACCCACUUCGAAUCGGAGGUCGACGUUACCGAGCGUGAUUAUCGUCGCCGAACUAGCCCUGUAGUCCAGAACUCCUACCUUCAGGAUACAUCAGGCUCUUACAUCCAGGACUAUCCCAAGACUACCUCUGCCCAAGACUACUAUCACACCUCUCCUACCCAAGAGGAAGUACGUGUCAAGACCGAGACCCGUACUACUGUCGACCCUCCCAAGCAACGCAAGUUUGACAUGGGAUAUUACGACGACGAAGGCCAAUAUCACUCUCUCCGUGACGGACUUCACCGCGCCGCUGACCACAUCCUCCAUCCCAUUCACGGACCUCGUCACCACCACCAGCAUCAUCACCAUCACUCAGAGCCCGUCAACGAAGUCGUUGAAGAACGCGAGACCGUAACCACCAUGUCUACACCUCGUCGUUCUGCUGGCCGCUCUGGUCCUAGCAGUGCCGUCUCGAUCCCCUGCCACCACAUCCGCAUCGGUGACCUGUUGUACCUCCAGGGCCGCCCCUGCCAAGUCAUUCGUAUCACCACCUCUUCUCAGACUGGUCAGCACCGCUACCUUGGCGUUGAUCUCUUCACCAAGCAGUUGCAAGAGGAGUCUUCCUUCAUCUCCAACCCUUCGCCAUCGGUGGUGGUUCAGCAGAUGUACGGACCCGUCUUCAAGCAGUACCGUGUCCUCGACAUUCGCGAUGACGGCCAAGUUGUUGCCAUGACUGAGAGCGGCGAUGUCAAGCAGGGCCUGCCUGUCAUUGAUCAGAGCAACCUGUUGCAGCGUCUCACUGAUGCUUUCGAUCAAGGUCGUGGCAGCAUCAGAGUUCUUGUCCUCAAUGACGAAGGCCGCGAGCUUGCCGUCGACUACAGAGUCGUGAACGGAAGCAGA